UAUCGGAUGAGAGAGUGUGAGAGAGAGAGCUGGGAAACAGAGAAAGGCCUCACGGACAGAGGGAGUGAUAUCCUGCAUAACCGACUCUUGACCACAAGGCAGCCGCACCGAAAGGAUUAAAGCCGAGCAGUUUCAUGCGCCAUUGACACAGAGUCGAGAUUGAGAGGAUGACUCCACGCGCGGUAGCCGAGGCGACGGGAGGAGAGGGCGAGAAGAUGCUGUGAUAUGCACAUAGCCAGCGCGAGAGGGAGGGAGAGAGCGCGAGAGGGAGGGGGAGAGGAGGCUCCUACGCUAGUUAAAGAUGCUCGUUUUUUGACCAGGCAUGUGUACUGCAUGAAUAGAGCAAGUGAUUUCUGCCAAAUAAAACCCGCUACAUUUAGCGAGCAACAUUGCAAUGUACACUUGGGACGCGCGCGGGGGAUUAACAGUUGGAAGUGAUUGAAGACACUGGGGCUUUCCUUCGCGAAAGGGUGGCUGUUUUCUCCCUUUCUGUUCUCCCAUAUUUCCGGAUGUGAGGCUUGGAAUUGACAGUAGUUUUAAUAGCAGACACAGGACGCUCAUCCUUUACAUCAAAACUUUGAUUCAAAUAAGACGAAACUCAUAGUGCUGCGGAGCUCUUGACACAUCAUUGACAAAAGAGGGACACAAUGCACUUAGAUUAGAGCAAAUAGGUGUCAUAAACAAGAUGUGCGGUUGUUUCGCAGGAUAGAUAUGGCAAAGUUUUUAACAAAUUGGCCACUUCCAGUUUGGCGAUAAUAACGGUAGACUAGCUACAUGAGUAUCUGUUUUAAAGAUCCCGGCUAAUUUAAAUCGAUGACUUUACACCAGUUUUUCCGAAUAUCCUUGAUGUAUUUUGCGGUCUUAAAUAAUCACAGUCAUUUUACAUUUUGCUAUUAUCAAAACGCUUUGUGAAUAAGUCAUAUAAGAUCGGCCCAUACUGACAGCUUUAAUCGUGGCCCCCUCCAACCAAUAUCACAGGCCCUUUAAACCGCAAUAACAGCUGUAGUUCAGGGUAUAGGCCUGGCUGGACGCGCAACUCAUGAUUUUUGUUUCUCUUUUAUUUUUACAAACGGAAAAUGUUACCGAUUGAUUUCCAUCAGAUGUUUGGGAGUAGGCCACGGCAUUGACAUCACGCCUCAGCAUCCCUGUGUCAUCGCUCGCCGUCUGUGAUGUCUGUACGGCGACGCUAUUACGUGAGCAGGACAGAUUCCCGUGGAUGCAUUUUGAAAACGCACUGAUUUACCCCAAUAUAGUGAGACAUAAAAGCGCAUUUGAACGAAAUGUCCAGUAAGGAGUUGUCGGGGAGUCAGGCAGCUCAGUAUGUCGGGCCCUACCGACUGGAAAAGACGCUGGGGAAGGGCCAGACUGGUCUGGUGAAGUUAGGAGUUCACUGUAUUACAACACAGAAGGUGGCCAUAAAGAUAGUUAACAGAGAAAAGCUAUCGGAGUCCGUUCUUAUGAAAGUGGAGAGAGAGAUAGCUAUUCUUAAACUAAUAGAGCACCCUCAUGUUCUUAAACUUUACGAUGUGUACGAGAAUAACAAAUAUUUAUAUCUAGUGCUGGAGCACGUGUCUGGUGGGGAGCUAUUUGACUACCUAGUAAAGAAAGGCAGAUUGACCCCUAAAGAGGCCAGAAAGUUCUUCAGACAAAUAAUAUCUGCUCUGGACUUCUGUCACAGCCACUCUAUAUGCCACAGAGAUCUUAAGCCUGAAAACCUCCUGCUGGAUGAGAAGAAUAAUAUCAGAAUUGCAGACUUUGGCAUGGCCUCCCUACAGGUUGGGGACAGCCUGCUGGAGACCAGCUGUGGAUCACCCCAUUAUGCAUGUCCUGAGGUCAUCAGGGGAGAGAAAUAUGAUGGACGCAGGGCAGAUGUAUGGAGCUGUGGUGUUAUUCUUUUUGCUCUGCUGGUGGGAGCAUUGCCCUUUGACCAUGAUAACCUGCGACAGCUGCUGGAAAAGGUGAAGAGUGGAGUAUUUCACAUGCCUCACUUCAUUCCUCCAGACUGCCAGGCUCUCCUCCGUGGCAUGAUUGAGGUCAACCCUGAGAAACGCCUCACGUUGGAGGAUAUACAAAAGCACCCAUGGUAUCAAGGGGGCAGGAAUGAGCCGUGUCCAGAGCAGCCACCCCCGAGGCGUGUGUGUGUAAAGAGGAUUCUGUCGCUUACAGAUCUGGACCCUGAUGUUCUGGAGAGCAUGCAUUCCCUGGGCUGUUUCAGAGAUCGUGUCAAACUCACCAGAGACCUGCAGUGUGAGGAAGAAAACCAGGAGAAGUUGAUCUACUAUCUUCUGUUGGACAGGAAAGAGCGCUACCCUAGUUAUGAAGAUGAACAUCUUCCACCCAGAAAUGAUAUCGAUCCUCCCCGUAAGAGGGUGGACUCGCCCAUGUUGACCCGUCAUGGGCGCUGCCGGCCAGAGAGAAAGAGUCUGGAGGUACUGAGUGUGACAGAACAGGGCUCUCCGACACCUCCUCGCAGAGCACUGGAUACCUCUGCACACAGUCAGAGGUCUCGAUCAGUUAGUGGAGCUUCAACCGGCCUCUCGUCCAGUCCCCUCAGCAGCCCGAGAGUUACCCCACAGGGCUCCCCCCUCCCCACCCCUCUGGGGACCCCUGUGCACCAUCCCCAGCACCCCCCUCCCACCCCACCCUCCUCUUCCUCCUCUUCCUCCUCCUCACGAGCUGAAGGGGGUGGUGGUGUGGGUGGUGGUUCCCUCUCCCUUACCCCACCCUCCAGCCCUGGGGGAAGUGGUGGAAUGGCUUCCAGUAGUUCUGCCCACUGGAGGACACGCCUCAACUCCUUCAAGAACAACCUGCUGGGUUCGCCACGCUUCCAUCGUCGAAGACUACAGGUUCCUACAUCAGAGGACAUGUCAAGUUUAACCCCAGAGUCCAGCCCAGAGCUGGCAAAGAAGUCCUGGUUUGGAAAUUUCAUCAGUCUGGAGAGGGAAGAGCAGAUUUUUGUGGUGAUUAGAGACAAACCACUGAGCUCUAUCAAAGCUGACAUUGUCCACGCCUUUCUAUCAAUUCCCUCCCUGAGUCACAGUGUGAUCUCUCAGACAAGUUUCCGGGCAGAGUACAAGUCCUCCGGAGGUCCGUCUGUCUUCCAGAAGCCUGUCAAAUUUCAGGUUGACAUCGCCUUCUCUGAGGGUGAGAGAGAACGAGAGAGAGAGAAAGAGAGAGACAGGGAGGGAAGGAGGGAGACUGGCAUCUACAGUGUUACCUUCACCUUAUUAUCAGGUCCUAGUCGCAGGUUUAAAAGAGUGGUGGAGACCAUUCAGGCUCAGCUUCUCAGUUCACAUGACCAGCCCUCUGUGCAGGCACUUGCAGAUGAGAAGAAUGGACUUCCGUCUUGCCCACCCAGCACACCAACCCGUCAGAACUCUCGUCGCUCGGAGGGUGGGGGUGAUCGUGGUGAGCGGGCAGAACGAGGAGAGCGAGGAGAAGGGUGCAGUAUUGGGGGUAGUGGAAGUGUUCUACAAAGAAAAGGCUCUGGCAAGGAUAAUACCCACCUCCUUUCCUCAAAUGGAACCCAGUCUCAGCCCUAAGUGAACUCUUCAGAAUUGCUGUAAAGUGGGUGGGCACAAGCCCCUCCCCAGUUUUACUUUAGAGACCACCUGUUUUCACAUCCAGAGAUGAUUAAAAUUACUUCUCCGUCUGAGGAGCAAUGAAUUUGACAUUCGAAAACAACAAGUUUUACUGCUUUACAAUGUAAACCUCAGCUAUAAAACAUUUUAUUCAGCAACAAUACAAACAAGGAGUUUAACUUCCAUGGCCAUACCCAGUGAUCUAAUGUCGACAAGCUUAUGGAGGAACAAACAGCAAGCGAGACAGAAAAGAAUGUCUCCCAAACAUCUUCAUCACUGUCAUCAUCACUAUUAUCAUGAGCAAUGAUUUAUCAAAAUCCAUAAGAAUAUCAGAAUGAGUUGUUCACCACAUGGAGAACAAAUUUUUUUUUUUUUCAGAGCAGGAAUCAAAGUAGGAAUCUACAUUUUAUAACCCCAGGAUUCUACUUUUAGUUAGUCAAAGUCCUUUUAAGUGACUAUACAUUCAUGAGGUAAGCACAGAUUAUGCCUCCUACCUGGAAAAAUAGUAUAAUUUUUAGUGUUAAAGAUAUAGGCUACUUUAAACACUAAUCAUUCAUACAUGUGUAGUAGAGCUUGAACUCUUUGAUAUUUUGUAGAUCAAAACUGUUUGACAAAAUCAGCAGUGUUGGAAUCAUAGUGGAGAGCUGCCCACUUGAAGGUGCCCAUACAUUGGUCUGUUGUAAUUGAUCACAGUUUUUAGAGAUUCCCAAAUCCACUUCCCUAAGGAGGGCACAGAGGAAUAAAGAGGCAUCAAGACUUCCUAUGACAUGUUCAUACAGAAACAGGACAAGAGGAAAAUGAUAGCCAGAAUCAAACUCUCUAGUGUCAUACAAAGUAGGGAGAGGAAAAGAAACUUGAAGGCCUCCAUUUUUUAGCUGAGCUGCAGGGACGGAUUAUGUCUUGCAAAGGCCCUGGGGCCAAUUAUCUUAAAAGGCCCCCCCCACUCAAAAGUUGUAGA